AUUUAACAGAAGAGAUAAAUUCUUUCGAAAUGAGGCCUUUUAUCGAAUAAAAGGGAUCUUUUGGUGAGUCAGAUAUUGAGUAGAAGAGCAGGAGAAAUGAACAAUAUGAGGGAGGAGAAAGAGAAAGGAAAAUGACAAAAAAAAAAAAAAAUUGGAGUAAGCAUCACUUCGAGGUGUCAAAAGAUACUUCAAUAAUUUUCCACAUUUAGGGAAGAAAUGUAUAUAUCGAUAUGAAGUGGUUGUACCUUUUUUGAUAGUGGAGGAAAGAGACGGAGAGAGUUCCCCUAUUUCCCUCUUCGUUGCAGUUUCCCCCAAAUACAUUCAUUCAUUUUUUUUCUUUUUUCACUUCCACCAAGUAUGUCUCGAUUUAAAUUAACCAGACAUACUCCACUCUUUCAACUUGAACUCCCAACAUUUAUCUAAAAAUCCUUUAACUCCACUCUAUAACCCACACACUCCACAAAUCGCAACAGGCCAAAAAAAAAAAAAAAAAAAAUGACUUUCUUUACCCAUACACCACCUGCAUAUAGACAUAACACAAAACCUACUUUUGAAUAUUUUUUUCAUUCCUGUUUCGACAACGUCACUCCUUUGCUCACUCAAACCCCCUAAUAUUGUCAUUUUUUGACGCGAUUGACCAAGUGCUCAUUUUUUGUCCAUACGCACAGGUGAAUCUAUCGUGGAUAAUCCAUCCCAGGUACCCUACCACCACCCGGUUACAGCGACACGCUUUGUAUUGCUCUUUCAGUAGCGCAUUCAACCUAAUUAAUUAAUAAAUCAAAGGGGUGGCGAGCUAAAAUUUAUCAACAACACACUAAACGGAAAAAAAAGUACACAAAAAAAACAACAAAUCUACGGGUUUUUACAUUUUUUUUUUGAAUUUCUUAUUCCUACAAGAGUUGGGUGGUACGCUAGUAAGACGGAGCUAUACAAUCACAGUCAAACUAGAUAAUCCCCAACCUUCUUAUUGAUAGAUUCUUGUGUGUGUGUGUUCGUGUUUUAUACCAGGCCGGUCCUUGUUAUUUCGACGACAACGAGAAAAAAAAUAAAGAAUUUUCAUCAGUACACCCACUUUAACCGAAUACUGCAUAUAGACCAUUUUUAUUCACCCCCACCAAAUUUGUAUAUAGAAACAUUAUAAUGGCCAUUCCUCCUACGAAAUCUAAACAAAAUGCCGGUGGUGCAAGGUUUAGACAACGUAAAAUAUCGGUGAAACAACCAUUGGUAAUUUAUAAACAAAAGGAUUUACCAGUACUUGAUUCAUCGAAUGAUUUGGAACCACUGCAGAUCCAUCAUCUUAAUCAAGCGGCCAAUCCUCAACAACGAGAUGUGCAUGCAAUUGAAACAGGGGUUGAUAAGAAUGAAGAAGAUGAAGUUCAUCUUCAACAAGUUAUCAAUGCGGCACAACGAGCUUUGAGACGAUCCGAUGAAACUUCCACAGAUAAGAAGAAGGUUGAAGAUAAAUCCAAUGAAUCUGGAGAUUCGGGGGCAGCUGCACAAGUUUAUAUCCCCACACCAGAUGCAUCUAAAAUAUGGGCUGAAGCUUCGAAAUAUUAUAAUGAUUUCCUGUUUGUACAACCCGAUUCAUACAUUAAAUUUCUGGCCACUGUUGAAGAUACCAUUGGAGUUGAAUAUAAUAUGGAUGAGGAAGAUGAAGAAUUUCUUAUCAAAUUCAAUAAGGAUAAAACUACCGCCAAAGUAUGUAGUGAAGUUGAAUUUGAAAUCAUAUGUGAUAAGCUUGAAAAGACAAUUGAAGAGAAACAACCGUUUCUUUCCAUGGAUCCUUCCAACAUAUUGACAUUUAAGGAACUUUCCACAUAUAUUCUUGAUGAAUUUCAUAAUUCAAAUAAUAACAAUAAGAAUUCUUAUAUGGGGAUCAAUCUGAAAUAUAUUUCAACUUCUUCAUUGAAAGACAAACUUUCCAAAGAGCUUAAUUAUAAACCAUUUGUGACAUUAUUUGACAAGAAUACUAAUGAACUGACUCAAACGAAAACAAGAUCUUUACCUAAACUCUUAGAUUUAUUCGGAGAGGCCAUUUAUCAACAUUGGAAAAAUCGUAAGAUUGAAAGAAAGGGUAAGAGUAUACAUCCAACAUUGAAAUUUGAAGAUCCAAAUGCCAAUGAAAAGGAGAAUGAUGCAGACCCAUAUGUAUGUUUCCGUCGUCGUGAAUUCCGUCAAGCACGUAAGACCAGAAGAGCAGACACUUUGGGAGCUGAAAGAAUACGAUUAUUACAAAAAUCAAUCCAUAGAUCCAAAGAUUUAAUUAAAAAUGUUUGUCAAAGAGAAAUUUUGAAAUUAGAAUCCUUAGAAGCAGAACAUGAAAUAUUCAAGUUACGUUGUGAAGGUAAGAAUUUGAAGAGAACAGUUGGAAUUAAAGGUGAUGAUCAUUUAUACUUUCCACAUAAGAGAAAGAAGGUUGUGGUUAAGACUGAAGAAGAAGAAAAGAAACGUGAAAAGAAGGUUAAAGUUGAAGUACGUGAUACUUCAGUGGGUCCUAACAAGGAAAAAUACAAACCUGUUACCGCCGAUCUGGUUGCUCAAAUCCAACAAGAAGCCACUACUUCUUCCACACAAUCAUAUGUCAAGCUACCAGCAUCCAAGAUUCCUGAUAUGGAUCUUGUGACUGUUUCAUUAGUCUUGAAAGAAAAGAAUGAAACCAUCAAGAGAGCUGUAUUGGAGAAAUUACGGAAACGUAAGGAACAAGAUGCUCACUUUAUUAAUUUCACUGACGAUCCAUAUGAACCAUACUUUAACAUUACCACAAAUGAUCAUAGCAACAAGGUUCAAGAAUUAAACCAUAUUCCAUACUCCUCUAUUACGUCUUCAUUAUAUCAUGAAGUGAACACUACUAAUUAUAUUAGUGAGGAUCUUAAAAAGUUGUUGGAAGAGGGAAAAACUGCAUUGCCUGGUGUGAAAACAUUUAGAGGUUCAAAUGGUGAAUUAAUUCCUUCAAAACCAUUCCCACACUUACUGACCUUAUUGAAGGAAUAUACGAGCAAGAAUAGCGAUAAUUCAUCUGGUUAUAUUGCUCAACUCUUGAACAAUAUUGAAACAAACAAUUUCAACGCAUACAACAGUGGAUAUGGACUGCAACAAGUGCAACAACAACAGCAACCAGUUGAGUCUAGAGAUGAAGAUAAGUUAUCAGAACCUGUUUUCCGUAUGAGAAAGCGUGUUGGCAGAGCCAAUCGAAUGUUCGUUGAUAGAAGAGGAUUAAUCAAGAGACCAGCAUUACCUCAAGGGAUAAUGUCUACCACUCCACAAAAUGUGUAUGAUAAUGAGAGAGAUGUACAAAAACGUCUCUCUUCUAGAUGGAAGUUCGAUGAUGAUCUUACUGAGUAUGAAAGAGGUAUCGAGGAGCCAUUUAGUCUUGAUCCAUCGAAACUUAAUUGUAUUUCUGAUGAUACUCAAUCUAUCCGUUUUGGUUCAAUGCUUCUUUCAAAAUCAUAUGAUUUAUUCCGUGAAUCUGUUCAUCAACGCCAACAAAUUAUGAUUCAACAGGCGAGAAUGAGAGCUAUGCAACAGCAGCAGCUUCAGAAUAAGCAGCAGCAACAACAACAGCAACAACAACAGCAACAGCAGCAGCAGCAACAACAACAACAACAACAGCAGCAACAACAACAACAACAACUCAAUUCUGCUCAGUAUAUGAAACAACAAGCUGCAAGAGUUCAACAAGGUACACCUGUGAAACAAGGCCAACAGUUGCAACAAUCACAACAAGCACAGCAAUUGCAGCAACAAAGAGUACAACAACACCAACAUGCCAAACUUUCCCAGCCAAUUCCUAGAACACAACAAUCACAACAAUCGCAACAACUGGGUCAAUCAACAACACUUCAGCAUUCACAAUCUCCAUCGCAACAACAAGUUCGUCCAGUACAACAAUCACAAAUUCAAAAUGCUCAGCAUUUACAACAAUCACAAGUCACUGGAACCCCCAUGAUGGCAAAUAAGCAAGCUCCUGGCGUAUCACCAAAUCUUCAACAGGUUGUCAAUAGACCAGUUGCAAGACCAAAUAAUAUGACAGGCAUGAAUCCUAAGCUUCCUACACAGCAAAGGACAGAAACACACAACAACUCUGCACUUCUUGCUUCACAGCAAAAGUACAAACAAACCCCCAUGUAUACUAAUCUGUCUAGUAAGUAGAUACUUGUAUUAUAGAAGGAUAGAAAUCGAAAAGAUAAAACCAAGAAGAACUGUAGAAACUUUUUUAAAUAUAUAUUAACUAUCUGCUAAAUUGU